AUGGGCACAAACAGUGGUGCCAACAACAGUGGAAAUAGCCAGCAGUCCGCCCCUCAGCAGCCUAGUCAACCCGUCCAGCAGCCCACCCAGGGAUCUUUCCAAGCUGCCGUGCCUGCUCUUGCUCAACCUUUCCCGCCUGCUACCAAUAUGCAAGCUGCUAUGGUCGUGUCAGCAAAGGUUACCAAGCACGCACAUGCUGCUGCUGCUACCAUUUCAGGCAGAACAAAGCUGAUUCCAGAUGUGGUUGAAGGAUUUACUGCUGACACUACUGAGUUUCCGCUACCAGUGUGGCUCCUCACCACCAUCAAGAACAUCAAAUUCAUUCCAUAUUGUAACUUAACUGUGGCUGGUCAUUGUGUCAAACCACGUCAGGAGAACAUUACUCUCAGUAAUGUCCUCGGUCUCGCUGACGCCCCUCUCAAUCGCUCUGGGGAAAAGGACCUCAUUUUUGCUGAGUUCAUACCUGUCACCCCUGUGGUUGUUUGUCUUACCAAGGAAGUGUAUAGGACUCAAGCUACCGACAUAAUUAAAAAAUUGUGCCCACUUAUGACAUUUGGUAUUUGUAAGAAGGCCACGGCUAACCUUUGUCAUGACCUUGCUACAUUUAAUGCUACCGAGUACGGCCUCAUCAUAGCAGAUUUCACCUUAAAUGCCGUUGCUUCUAGCGUAGCACCACUGAUCACGGCUCCGAAUGUUGCUCCUGCUUCGCUAUUCUUCUUGGCCAUGCCUACUCCUUCAUCCUCUGCCGCUUCAGCUUUCACUUUCAAUAGCAAUAGUGGUCCUCUGCCUCCUUCCAGCAGUUUGCAGCCAGUAUAUAAGAAGGCUCAUGUCAUGAGCGUCCGAGCCGACGCUAGCAAGCAAAGGACGCACAGGGAUCACCUACAACUCUCUACUACACCUCAGGCUCGACACCUAUCAUUCCCACUCAAGUAUGGCUUCAAUAUCCGAGGAUAA